UGAGAGAGCAGGGGAAAUAUUAAAUCUGUGUCCUCUCACUCCUUCCUGGGAAGCUGCCUUUUGACUCCACGACUGAAAAGGAAACAAUCUCCAAAAUGAAGACGGCCUUAAUUUUGCUGAGCCUUUUGGGAAUGGCCUGUGCUUUCUCGAUGAAAAAUUUGCAUCAGAGAGCCAAAUUAGAGGAUUCUGGACAAAAUGGGGUCUUUAAGUUCAGGCCACACUAUUACCUCUAUAAGCAUUCCUACUUUUACCCUCCUUUAAAACGGUUUCCAAUUCAGACCAGUAGUGACUCAUCUGAAGAAAAUGGAGGCGAAGAUAGUUCAGAAGAGGAGGAAGGAGAGGAGUCUUCAAAUGAAGAAGAGGAAAACGAAGACUCUACUGAGAACUCUACACUGUCAACUACAACCGCUGCCUAUGAAGAGGGGCCCACACCUGGGACAGGGAGCAUAGCGUUAGCUGCAAUCCAGCUUCCUAAGAAGGCAGGAAACAAAGUUUCCGAAGAGGAAGAAAGCGAAGAAGAGGAGGAGGAGGAAGAGGAGGAGUCUGAAAAUGAGGCAGAAGUGGAUGUGAACGGACAAGGCACCAACGGCACAAGCACAAACAGCACGGAUGCAGAACAUGGCCGGGGUAGCAGUGGCGGCGACAAUGGAGAAGAGGCAGAAGAAAGCGCCACAACAGCCCGGGCAGAGGGAACCCCAGUGGCUGCAGAAGAGGAAGCAGGUGGUUCGGAGACAGCCACCUCUCCAAAUGGUGGCUUUGACCCUACCGGCCCCCCACAGGAGAUCUCUGAGACCACCGCCCCACCGUUGGUAGAGACCACCACGAACGGCUACGAGAACGAGUACGAACAAACAGGCACCGGUGAAUACGACAAUGCAUAUGAGGUCUACGAAAAUGAGAAUGGGGAGCCCCGCGGGGACAACUACCGAGCCUAUGAGGAUGAGUACAGCUACUUUAAAGGGCAGGGCUAUGAUGGCUAUGACGCUCAUAAUUAUUACUAUAACCAGUGAAGGCUGAGCCUGGGGUGAAUGCAUUCGUUUUAGGCUUGUGUGUGACGGCCAAUUUCAAAGCUCAACUCAGGAAGGUGCAAUAGAACACAUGUGCAUACAACAAGGGGGGAUGGUGCUACUAUAACAAAGUAUGCGUUUCUGCAAUUGCUUUUGCCUGUAACGGGCCUCUUGUUGCUUUGCUCGACUGGGUUAUUGAGAGGCUGUUGUAAAACAAAGCCACUUAUCAAACAGUAAACCAGUCUGUGAGAUAGUUUCUUUGAGUAUUUUGAAGUUGUAGUCCCAUACAUAGUAUGCAUUGCUUAAUCAUUCGAUAGUGUAAACAGUUUGCACUAAUGCGAAUUGCUCAAUCACACUUUCUUUGCAUGUGAUUCUAAGAAGAUAUUCAUGGACACUGUAUACAAUAAAAUGUGUAGUUCUUUCAUUGUUC